CGGCGGGGCCGGGGCUGCCGGCGGCGGCGGAGCGGGGAACACACGGCGGCGGUGGCGGCGGAGUCCGCACCAUGGACCGCGGCUGGUGGCGGCUGCUGGGGGUCGUGUGCUCGUUGUUGCUGCACCUCGCCACCAGCCAGGAGCCCAUCAGCAUGGCGGGGAAGUGCGACACCAUCUACAAGGGCUUUGCUGGCUGCCUCAUCAGCCUGGGGGACAGCAUGGCCCAGAGUGUUCGGCAGCAGCAGGAGGAGGGCGGGGAGGAGGCACAGGAGCUGGACACCAUUUGCAAGUCCUGGGACGACUUCCACACCUGUGCCAGCGAGGUGCUGUCAAGCUGCCCUGAGGAAGCAGCCGCCAUCUGGGAGUCGCUGCGCCAGGAGUCCCGCAAGAUCCAGUUCCAGGGGAACCUGCAGGAGCUGUGCAGCACCCAGAGAGGCCUGGCCAGUGCCCGCGGCUCACCAGCUGCUGAGACCAACCACGCCACGCUGCGGGGCUCAGCCACCCCCCUGCGCCCCCACCUGCUGGCCCUGCUGCUGCUGGUGCCCCGGCUCUAGCCCUGCAUGCCCGCGGGGUGCCCAGGUGAUGCUCCGGGUCGGUUCCCCAGUGCUGGCCGGGCACAGACACCUGUGUUCCCCGCCGAGCCCAUCUGCCCCUCAGGCAUCCCUCGCAGGGCACAGUCCUCUCCUGCAGCCCUUCAGAUGGAUUUAUAUUUAUAUUAAAAAGACGCUUUUACAUUUCUCCCGUCUCUCUGCCAUGGGAUGCCCCUCACGCCCUUCCCAAGCUCCAGAUUUUCUCUGGGGAUUGGAGAGGAGAUGCUGCCUGGACCAGCCCCCAGGGGGGUCGCCAUGGGUCUCUGUGGCUCUGUCACCCAGGCACAUUGCCUGUGGCUGUGCUGGGCCCCAGGGAGAGCUGUACCGGGGAUUCCCACGGCUCUGCUGCUCCCUGACAGCAGCUUUCAGGGCUAGGCAUGAAGGAUAUUCCCUUUAGAGGUCAGUCAAGUGGUUUCUUUAUUUUAAAGGGCAUCUUAGAAAAACAUGGUGCAUGUAUUUCUCUUUUCUUUUUGACAGCCAACAGCUUGUCUGAUGGGCAACUCCAGUGGCAUCAGACAAUUUUCUGAAAAAAAUCCUAUUUUCCAUCCCU